AUGAUUCAUCAUAUUGCGAGGAACUCUUGGGGCAUUAGCUCCAAACAUUGCCGGCUAAUCUAUAAAGGGGCCAUUGAGCCGGCACUGCUGUAUGCAGCACAGAUAUGGGGCGACAGAGCGGACAUAGUCCACAAUAAGAGAAAGCUGCUCUCUGUACAGCGCUCUUUCGCUAUCCGGGUAUGCCGCGCGUACCGCACGGCACCCACGGACGGGCUACUGACCAUUGCCAACUUGACCCCAAUUCACCUAAGGAUUAGGGAGGUGUUCCGACAUUGGAAGCUAAUAAACAAAGACUGGAAAAAUAAGGAAGUGGAAAGUUAUAGUAACAACAUGGAAGGGGGUGAUUUCUGCCCCGAGGACCCUGAACUGAAUGAUCAAAUCGCUAAAAAUGGCAUUGACCUUUUUGCUAAUGAAGGGGGAAACCCCUCUCACCCAGCAGAACACUGCAGCAUCAACAUCGAAAACGGGGACAACCCUAACGGCCCCACCUAUAACUGGCACAUCUUUACUGAUGGAGCCAGCAACAGCCAGGGCACAGGGGCAGCAUUUGUCGUCUACCGUGCCAACAAUAAUGAAGUUGUGCACGAGGAAUAUUUUAAGCUAGGGGCCUUCUGUACUAACAACCAGGCGGAGCUUUGGGCCAUGAAUCAAGCUCUCACCUAUGUUAUUAAACACAUCAAGUAUAUGCCAGGGUCAAUGAAAUUCAUCACGGACAGUAGAUACACACUAAGGAACAUCACGAACAAUAGACGCCAAACCGCCAUAGGAGUGAAAGUUUAUCAUAUGGCACGGCACCUUCACAGGUCCAGGAUGGUCAGCUUUGGCUGGGUCCCUGGCCAUGCGGGGGUGCACGGCAACGAGAGAGCAGAUGGCCUCGCCAAAAAAGCUGCAAAUAAUAACAUCACUAUCUCCUUCAGCAAGCUCCCCCUCAAAUACAUCCACAAACAACUGACCUCCAGAAUUAUGACUGAAUGGCAGAAUGAGUGGUCAAGCUCCUCUACGGGGAGAACAACCUAUGACUUCCUGCCCUCCAUCACUAGUCGCCAAAGUAUGAAUUACCUUACCCCUUCCUACCACCUUACUCAAGCGCUCACAGGCCAUGGUAAUAUCCCAACUUACCUACACUGCAUCAAAAAAAGGGACGACGACCAUUGCGUCUGUGAUGGUCUCACCACAGGCAACAUAUAUCAUAUAAUCACCGAAUGCCGCAACCACGAUGCACAAAGGAGAAGACUAAUAGACUAUUGUGUCUCUAACGGCUUGAACUGGCCCCCACCGUGGGAGCUUUUUUGUGCAACGAAGGACCUUUUCAUCCACUUUGAAAACUUCAUUAGAGAUUGUGGCAUCUUUGUCUACAAACCGCCGGACUAG